AUGAGAGAAGCUAACACCACACCUCUGACCCACCACCUGGCCAAAGCGCUCAUCCCUCAAAAGUGUCCCAUCCCAGCAUUCGAAUGUAACGACGGAUCUAGCGACCCUGCAGCUCAUCUUCGGUACUAUAAUCGCGUCUUAGCCCGAUGGGAUCAAAACGAUGCAGUCCUUUGCAGAUACUUUCCUUCAAGUCUAAAGGGGUCGGCACUAUCUUGGUUUGACAACUUACCGCCCAAUUCCAUCGAUGCUUACAGCCAUCUCACUGAGAGAUUCUUAAGAACGUACAUCUACAACAAGGCCGUCAACGCCGGGAUGGACAAGAUCUUUUCACUGACAAUAGCUUACAAGGAGACGAUCAGGGAAUAUACCGACAAGUGGCACAAGAUUUGUCAAGCUAUAGGGAACGUAGAUCUAGUGGUUAGCAUCAACUGUUACAAGUGGGGUUUGGAUAGAAUGAUCCCUCUAUUCGUUGAGAUCCAUGGAAGUGUGCCAACAACCGAAGGAGAUCUUCGAAUCAUCAUCGAGAAGCAUGCCCGUUUGGAAGAAACUCAGCGAAAAAAUCCAAGGGCUCAAACGCAGAGAUCGCAUCGGACCAACUCAGCCAAACAAGUCAGCGGAUCCAAAAGGGGUAACUCAGCAGAACGUCCACGCGAAGAUAUCAGAGGACGAAGAGAUGAUCGUCGGCGUGACGAUCGGAAAUUCGAAGAUCAAGUCUUCACAAAAUUGAAUACCAACUACACUCGCGUCCUACGAGAAAUCAAGUAUCAAGAAGGCGACCUCAGGCAGUACAUACAGAAGGCAGAUGACGAAGAUAGGACCAAACGAAGCAAGCAAGUUCAACUUCCAGAGGGAAACCGAACACUCAACACCAUCUCAUGUUCCGAAGCUACAGGACCCUCGCUAACAACAUAG